GCAACUCACCGCAUUGCAUCCACUCUCACCGUGACAUUUGUUUUCGCAGUCUAAGCUCUCAAUGUUUUUCUCACAUAGUUUUCUUCACCAAUUCUUUUGUCACAUUCUCUUUGGUGGUCACUAAGCAUGGAGCAAAAGCAAAGGGUCUCUUGCAGUCUCACUCUUCAACUUGCUCUUUUUCUUCUUCUUCUCUGUCUGUGUCAGACCCAUUCUGCCCCCUUUAUUGAUAUGAAAGAGUCUCUUCUUAUGGAAACAAAGGUCAAUGCAUUGGCUCCUGAUAUUUCUCCAAGUGCAGACUCUCAGCCCUUUCUUCCUCUGUUAGCUCCUUCACCAUUGACACCAUUUACAAAUACCACUGUGCCGAAAUUAUCAGGACUCUGUACAUUAAACUUUUCAGCUUCUGAAAGUGUGAUGAGCAUAACAGCAACUGACUGCUGGGCUUCCUUUGCACCAUAUUUAGCCAAUGUAGCAUGUUGUCCUCAAUUUGAUGCAACAAUAGUGAUUAUUAUUGGGCAGUCCAGCAAGUACUCCAGGAGCCUUGCUAUAAACAAGACUCAUGCUAGCCACUGCCUCUCAGAUGUUGAGAAGAUCCUAGAGAGUCAAGGGGCAAAUGAGAAUCUCCAGAAGAUCUGUUCGCUUCACUCAGAGAACCUCACAGAAUUCUCUUGCCCUGUUACGGAUGUCGAUGAAUUUGAGCGCAUUGUGGACUCUUCAAGAAUUAUGGUUGCUUGUGGAAGGAUUGAUCCAGUUAAUGAGUGUUGUGACCAAGUUUGCCAAAAUGCUAUACUAGAUGCUGCUAGAAAAAUUGCCCUAAAUGGUAUGUUAAAUAAGGAUGGGUUCCCUGUCUCACCUGAGCACUCAACAAGGAUUGAUGAUUGCAAGAAUAUUGUCCUCCGGUGGCUGGCCAGUAAACUUGAUCCGUCUUCAGCAAAUAGUGUUCUUAGAGGACUUACAAAUUGCAAUGUAAAUAAAGUCUGUCCACUUGUUUUUCCCAACAUGACCAACGUUGUGAAAGAAUGUGGAAAUGUGAAUAACCAGACAGCUUGCUGCAAAGCCAUGGAGAGUUAUGUGUCUCAAUUGCAACAGCAGAGCUUCCUCACCAACUUGCAAGCCUUGAAUUGUGCUGCAUCACUUGGCAUGAGGUUACAGAAAGCUAAUGUCUCCUACGAUGUUUAUAAUGUCUGUCAUAUAAACCUCAAGGAUUUCUCUCUUCAAGUGGGAUCACAAGAGUCUGGCUGCCUUUUACCAAGCCUGCCUUCGGAUGCAACAUAUGAUAAAACUUCAGGGAUCGGCUUCGUUUGUGAUCUUAAUGAUAACAUUGCAGCUCCUUGGCCCUCUAAAUCUUACUUACCUGCUUCUACCUGCAAUAAAACUGCCAACCUUCCAGCACUCCCCACAGCAAUAUCUGCACAAAGUGGUCGAUACACCGACAAGUACUUGAUGUUUCCCCUGCUUGUGACCUCAUUACUGCUUCUCAACAUGCUUCUUUGAUAUUCAUAUUCGCUGUUACUUGCUCCUUUUGGCCACAAACAGAAUCUUCUCUUUGUUCAAAGCUGCUUCAUAAAUCUUGACCACUUGUAUACGUAUGGAUAGAAUGAAAAGGAAGAAGAGGGGGGUAUUCUAAUUGCUAUCACUUGUAAUUAGUUUUUAUAAUGAAAUAUAAAUGAAGAAGAUAAAAUUCUAUUCCUGCCUAUAAACUACCCAGUGUAAGUUAAAAGAGUGCACAUGCUUUAUUUCCUUCUUUCUCUCCCUUUGUUAUUUUCUUUAUAAUUAAGAGGCAAAA